CCCUAAACACACCAUACCAAAGAAGCUAAUAGGGUCACUUCGGGAGGAGGAGAUUGUACAUCUAGAGCUUCAAAAGAGAGUGAAGAAAAAUGGAUUCGGGGUCAAAGUUGGCAAUGGCAGCUUUUCUGCUUCUCGGUAUGUUGAGCUUCGUUGUUGACGCAAGACUUCCAGUAAAGAGCAUUAUCAGGGGACCAGAUUGCGUUGGCAAAUCAGACGAUAUAGCGUACAACAAAGGUGUGGAACGUCUCAUCAAUAUUUUGGUGGACGAGACGAAAAAUGUGAAACACAAGAAUUAUAAUGAUUACAGUUACGUCCACAGCUACCCCAAUCGUGAUAACGGCUCUGUCAUCGGUGGCGCCACUUGUGAUAGGCAGCUUUGGAAACUGGAUUGUUGGUCAUGUCUCGUUACUGCCAAGAACAAACUCAACGACAAUUGUGAUCACACCCAUGAUGCUAGGAUUGAGCUUGCCGAUUGCUCCAUUUGGUACAAGAUGAUUCGCUGAUUUCACUCUUUAUAUCUCUAUAUAUCUGUAGAUGUGUGUCUGCUACUCUCCUCCUGUUCAGAUUGAUAUGUUAGCUUUGUAUAUUUCUUUCUUGUAUUUUUCUCCUAUCCUUUCUUUUGUUGUUAUUGUCUGUGGUUGUGUUUAGGGUCUACUUUCUAUAGUUAUCUGCAUCCAAUAAGGUUUCCGGGUUUGUGAAACCUGUUACAAGCAGAAACUAUAAUUACUUGCCCAUGCUACUAUGUAUUCUUCUAGUUUUUGGUUAAAGAAAUCUUUUAUGUCAUU